AUUGUGCUUGAAGCUGAUGGCUAUCAGCCAUAUCUAAUAUCUCCUGAGAAAGGUCUGAGGUCCUUAAUAAAGUGUGUACUGGAACUUGCUAAAGAACCAUCAAGACUUUGUGUAGAUGAGGUGCACCGUGUUCUAUUGGAUAUAGUUUCGGCUUCAGCAAAUGGUACUCCAGGACUUGGUAGAUACCCACCCUUUAAGAAAGAGGAAUGAGGCAAAGAAGAUGGUUGUUGCACUAGUUGAUAUGGAACGGUCUUUUGUUCCUCCUCGACACUUUAUUCAACUUGUGCAACGCAGAAUGGAGAGGCAACGACGUGAGGAUGAGCUGAAGUACCGGUCAUCAAAGAAAGCAAAUGAAGCAGAGCAAUCAAUACUAAACAAAGCAUCAAGCCCUCAGCCUGGGACUCAACAGACAGGUGGUAGCUUGAAAUCAAUGAAAGACAAAACAAAUCAAUCAGAUAAAGAUGCAAAAGAGAGCUCAUCCUUGCAGAUUGCUGGACCAUCAGGAGAAAUAACAGCAGGGUGGUUGCUGAAAAAAAGUGGAAAAGCAAAUGGCUGGAGCAGGCGAUGGUUUGUCCUCAAUGAGAAAAGUGGAAAACUUGGAUACACUAAAAAACAAGAAGAAAAACAUUUUCGAGGUGUUAUCACUUUAGAGGAGUGCAACAUUGAAGAAGCUUCAGAAGAGGAAUCUCUUAAGAGUUCCAAAGAGUCAAAGAAGUCAAAUGGAUCAGAUAAACUUUCAAGUCUAGAUUUUAAGUUAACCAACAAAGUUGCUUACAAGACAGUGCUUAAAGCGGAAAGUGCAUUAAUUUUGAGAGCUGAGAGCAUGGUUGACAAAGUUGAAUGGGUGAAUAAGAUAAUGAAUAUUUGCCAAUCUUCCAAGGAAACACAUUCUAAAGGCUCAUCUGGUCUUGAAGCUAGUCCCUCGAUUAGACUGAGUCAUUCAGAUGGUUCACUAGACACUAUGGCUAGAAAGCCAGCUGAUCCAGAAGAAGAACUUAGAUGGAUGUCACAAGAAGUCCGUGGUUAUGUCGAAGCUGUUCUGAAUAGUCUUGCUGCAAAUGUUCCAAAGGCUGUUGUGCUUUGCCAAGUGGAGAAAGCUAAGGAAGACAUGCUCAACCAGCUAUAUAAUUCUAUAAGUGCUCAAAGCAUAGCAAGGAUUGAAGAACUACUCCUAGAGGACCAAAAUGUGAAGCGCCGACGAGAGAAAUUCCAAAAGCAGCAAGCUCUGCUUUCAAAGAUUACACGCCAGCUAAGCGCUCAUGAUAACCGACCAACAGCAGCUAGCUGGUCUAAUGGUGACACUGAAAUAGAAAGUAGCCCAAGGAGAAAUGCUGCUUCAGGCGAUGAUUGGAGAUCUGCCUUUGACGCCGGCACAAAAGGGCCAGUCAGUGACUCUUUCAAGGGGUCACCCAGAUCAAAAAGUGCCGAUAGCCGUGGUAGUUCUCGAUAUAGUGACCCGGCCCAGAAUGGUGAGACCAGUCUGAAUUCGGAUAGUCGACGGACACCAAAUAGAUUACCUCCACAACCACCACACUAAGAUUCUCUACUAGGGCGCUAAGUUGCGACACGGAAACACAACCUUCUCUUGUCUCUUGCAUUUGCAUUAUUUGGUUCAAGAGUAGCAAAACUAAUGGAUCUUUCUACCCAAUCUACAAUUUACAUUCUACAUUUUAUGUUGCAGUUUGUUUAUAAUUCCAGCCGCUCCAGUUCAUUGAUCAUGGAGUCAGCUGAGCUAGAACCGUAGAACGCAUUCAAUCA